AUGGCGGACCAACAUGACGUGGACCUAGACUCCAUCAUCGAUCGCCUCCUCGAGGUACGUGGCAGCCGCCCGGGCAAGCAAGUUCAGCUUUUGGAGACCGAGAUCCGAUACCUAUGCACGAAGGCGAGGGAGAUUUUCAUCAGCCAGCCCAUCUUACUCGAGCUGGAGGCUCCUAUCAAGAUUUGCGGCGAUAUCCACGGCCAGUACUACGAUCUCCUGCGCCUAUUCGAAUAUGGUGGUUUCCCACCCGAAGCGAAUUAUCUCUUCCUUGGCGACUAUGUCGACCGCGGCAAGCAGUCUCUCGAGACCAUUUGCCUGCUGCUAGCCUACAAGAUCAAGUACCCUGAGAACUUCUUCGUCCUGAGAGGUAACCACGAAUGCGCCUCCAUCAACCGCAUCUACGGAUUCUACGAUGAGUGCAAACGUCGUUAUAACAUCAAGCUGUGGAAGACUUUUACGGACUGUUUCAACUGCUUGCCUAUUGCCGCUAUCAUCGACGAGAAGAUCUUCACAAUGCACGGUGGACUGAGUCCAGACCUGAACUCGAUGGAACAGAUCCGCCGGGUGAUGCGACCCACAGACAUUCCCGACUGCGGUCUGCUCUGUGAUCUGCUAUGGUCCGAUCCCGACAAAGACAUCACCGGCUGGAGUGAAAACGAUCGAGGCGUCUCCUUCACGUUUGGACCAGACGUUGUUUCUCGUUUCCUGCAGAAGCAUGACAUGGAUCUGAUUUGCCGCGCCCAUCAAGUCGUGGAGGACGGUUACGAGUUCUUCUCGAAGCGCCAGUUGGUCACUCUGUUCAGCGCACCGAACUACUGCGGAGAGUUCGACAAUGCGGGAGCUAUGAUGAGCGUCGACGAGAGCCUGUUGUGCUCCUUCCAGAUCCUCAAGCCAGCUGAGAAGAAACAAAAGUAUGUCCAAAGCGGCCUCGGAGGCAGCAGUUUUGCUUCUCCCAGAAAGCAGUCCAAACCCUAA